AUGAAUUUCGCACUUUAUAAACAGGAACAGUAUAAACAGGUUUCGGCCGAUUUCCUACGAUUAAAUGGAAGUCGACAACAGUUCCGAAAUUUACUGUCAACAAGAAAAAAAUUAGGCUCUUUGCCACCUGCAUACACUAGGAUCGAUUACAGUCGGGAUUCAUUGGAUUCAAAUUUGAAUCGAGCUCCUCAUCACGGACCUGUGAUCACUGUCGAAGAUACCGGCUCUCAACUACGGAUUAAUCGGGUUAAAUCGAGUAUUACGGAUAGUCUUGUCGAUAAGACAUCCUUAGAAAAUGCUACAGUCGCAUUUUGUGAGAGCAAUGGUGGAGCCGGUAUGCAUCCAACUGCUAGUCAUUUUAAAAGGAACAACAGCCGGUAUGGAGUACCAAUCGACAGCUCGGCUGUUAAACUGGUAUAUCGAGUUCGCUCGGAACGUCUCAGUAAUCGGGUAAAAAUCACUGAUCGAGCACUUGUCCUAGCAAUGUUGGGGAUUAUUGUUAUGGUUGUUGACGCAGAGAUUACUGGACAAAAACUUUUCGGGAUUACUAAGGUUCAUCCAGUGUCACUUAUGUUAAGAUCAUUUGUAGCAUUAUCAACGAUUGCUCUUUUGACACAAAUCGUCCUCUACCAUAUCAAUGAUGUUGUGCUUGAUCUGGUUGAUUGUGGUGCAGAUGACUGGCGAGUAGUUGUGACAACAGAUCGAGCUAUACAAUUCUGUACAGAAUUUAUUCUUUGUGCAGUAUGUCCAUUUCCAGGUACGGGAUCGUUACAUUGGUCAUUCAUUGAAACGACACGAAAUAUGCAAGCUAGUCACGGAAGGUCUUUUUAUGUUAAAGAGGUACCUCUUGAUGUGCCGUUGUCUAUUUUAAUGUUAUCACGUGUAUAUCUUCUUGGAAGAUUCAUGGUACUACACAGUAAACAGUUCCAGGAUGCUUCCACACGAACUUUGGCAGCUUUAAAUCGUAUUCAAGUGAAUUUCUCAUUUGUACUGAAAACAGUUCUGGAUCAACAACCAAUUUUAUUUCUUACAACUUUCACUAUAAUUUUCUGGAUUGUCACAUCUUGGACAUUUGUGCAAUGCGAGAGAUUUGGACAAGCUGAUCAGGAUGUGCCAUCAAUACUUUAUUCGAACGCUCUCUGGUUCAUUGCUAUUACCUUUAUGUUAAAUGGUUACGGUGAUAUCGUUCCUCAAACACAUGCAGGCAGAAUUAUAGCUAUUUUUGUUGGAGUUGUAGGUGCAAUCAUAUCAUCAAUUCUUAUUGCUGUUAUUUCAAGAAAUAUUCUUCUUUCACAAGGACAACGGAAUGUCAAUAACUUUAUGCAUGAUAGUAAAUUAACGAGGGAACAUAAAAAUGCAGCUGCGAAGGUCCUGCAGCACACAUGGCGAAUCCAUAAAUGCUUACGAAGUGGCCCUGAUAGUAGGCUUCGAACAUAUCAGAGGAAAUUCCUUCGAGCGAUCCAUGAGUUCCGAGCUAUUAAGAACGAAAUGCGUGUGUUUUCCGAAAAUAAUUCCGCAAAUAAUCAACAAGUUACUCGUUUGGUUGCCGAAAUGCACUUUUCUAUGCAACGUUUAAUGACUGCACAGGAUGAGAUGAGGGCACAAAUUGAGAGCCCGGAGCAGGUGUCAGUCAGAUGUGCCAAGGUUCUGGUCAUAGGAAAAGUGGAACAGUCAAAGCCAUCCAGAAAUUACCGCGUCAGCAUCGCCGUGUAUGGUUUCGUGUUCUCUUGCAACACCAUGGGUUUUGGCUCUCAUCAAUUAUAUCAGCAAGCAGGAAUUAUAUCCAUCUUCGUCUCUACAAUUACUAUCGCUGUGCUAGCCGUUACAAUCCCAUUACUUUACGUGAAGACAAACGCACAAUAUGUUGAUCUUAACGAAAAUGCAUUGAAAUUCAGGGAAUCAUCUGAUAUGAUAUGGAAUGAGAUGUUCUCGCUUCGAGAGCAGCCAUCACCUCAGAUACGAUUCUUCAGCAGAAGACCAAGAAAAGCAUGGCUUGAAAGCGGAGUUUGCAAAGGUUGUUUCACAUUGGCAUGCUCCAUGGGACCACCUGGACCACCCGGACCACCGGGCCCAGAUGGAAACCCCGGUGAACCCGGAUCACAAGGUGUCGCAGGAGAAGAUGGUUUUGAUGUUCAACUUGAAUCCGAGCCAGAUCUACCAUGUGUGGUUUGUCCGGCUGGACCUCCAGGAGUGAGAGGUCCGCAAGGAGAAAGAGGAAUGACUGGGCAUCCAGGUGAACAAGGGGAAGCAGGUCCUGAUGGUAUCAGUGGAAUAGAUGGACCGCCUGGAAAUCCAGGAUUCCCUGGACCACUUGGAUUAAAGGGACCACUAGGACCUAAAGGACCUGAAGGUGAUCAAGCAAUAGCGGGUGUUGGAAUAAAAGGUCCUGUAGGACCUCCAGGACCUCAAGGAAUGAAAGGAAGACCUGGGCCCCAUGGAAAGAGUUCGAAUAAUCCGGGAAGCCCAGGUAGUCCUGGUCCUGCUGGCCCAGCUGGCCCAGUGGGACAAGAAGGAUCGAUAGGAAUGGAAGGUCCAUAUGGUCCUCCAGGUGAUCCAGGAAUGCCUGCAUCGUACUGCCCUUCGGAUUGUGGCGUGCAAAAUAUCCUGGCAGACGUUGUUCCACAUACAAACGGGCACAAAUUUAAUGAGUAUGCGCCGCCACCAGGAGAGCCAUCCGAUGAAGUCGCUACGUCACCGCCAAAGGUGAAGUACGAUCCUAUAAAGGAUGACGGUUACGGUACUCAUCGAUUCCAAGAUUUCACAGCGUAUGAGCGACAGAUGAGGAAGAAGAUGAUUAAGAGACUGAUGAAAACGCGUAGACAUCGACAUUAA